GAAAAAGAAUAAGAAAAAAAAGCACAAGCCAGGCCCAACACACCCACAACCCACCCACGUCGGACACACACAACGAGCUGCCUUCUCUUUUCUUCCUUUCUGGAAUCUCUAACCUGAAUACUCGUUGCGUUAAUUUCCCGCUCUCUCUGAAUUCUAAUGACAGAUCAUAAUAGUAGAGAUGAUGAUGACACUAUAACAUCAGUUGAUAACACUGUUGAAAAACUUCCUGAUCAUCUCCUGAUAGAAAUUUUCAUUCGAGUUCCUGUCUCAUAUUGGACACAAAUAUCUUGUGUGAAAAAACAGUGGGCCAAUCUGUUUCGUGGAGAAUGCUUGUGGCAAGCUGCCCUAAUCAAGACUCAUCCUUUAGCUGGCCAAGCUAAAAGGUGGCCAGGACCUAUUCCUCGUGGGUCGAGCAGAAGGAGAUUCACAGCUUUAUAUGUUAGUAAACACAUCUUUGCUCUGGACGGUGAGAUAGGUCAGCUUGUUGGACACACUUAUUUGUUUUUGAAAGAACAACUUGAGCUAUCCACUAUGCCAACUCCUCUGGGGAUACUUCACGGAACCAUAAUUGAUCAAUUUAUUGCUUGCGGAAAAUCAAGUGACAUUGCCCAGGAGCUUGCUUCACAGAUCUGGGUGGCUGUUCUCGAUCGUUUGGAGAAGAACGAACACACAUUUUGCUUGCUUAAAAGCCUCGCACAAGAGGGUGAUGAUUUUCUUCCAUACCCGUACUCUAGAUCAACCAAAGUCCAAUGGAGGGUGUACGAUAAGCUCUUCACUGAUUUUCGUGACUGCUUUAGUCGUGCAGAUUAUUGUGAUGUAUUGGCUCGUGCCAAGAACAAGUUUCUGCCAAUACCACUCGCCUGGUUAGAGCGUCAGUAGUGGGCUCAAUAAAUUUUAGUUAAAAUUUAGCUAAAGUUUUCACUUUUACAAAUUUUAGCUAUCCAUUUUUUAUAACAUCAAAUAAUAGGCUCAACAAA